AAUUUAGUUUUAAUUAUUUAUUUUUUUGUAAUAUCUUUGUCUUCCAUCUAAAAAUACUCAAAUCAAUGCAAAAUAAACGACAAAAGCUAUCCGUUGUUCUAAAAAAACAGAAGAAGUUAAUAAAAUAUUCACAUGUUUCACUUUCGAUAAUAUUAAUAUAAUUUGAAGAUGGAAUGUACUGUAACAUCAACCCAGGUUGUAUAUCCUCAAAAGGACCGUAAUGAAGUGUAUAAAAGUGAUUAUGAUUUGGACUUUCGGAAGGAAUUGAAGAAACGCUGGAUGGUGCUCGGAGUCUUGACGACAAUGGCUCUCGCUGUUCUUGCGCCGAAUUACGGGGCUCCCGGAGGCAACUACAUGCAUGUUCACGUAGAUAUAUCUAGAACGCAUUGCACCCAUUCGCCCAUGAAUAUUUCACAUGGAAUACAUAAGUCACAUUCCCCGGACGUACAUAUAUUAUAACGCGGGUCGCACACGCGUGCAUGCAUGUCGCACGCGCAUGUACGCAUUGACAGCGCUCCAUGCACAUGUUGUCGCAUUCGUUUUGUCCGCUGUCACUGUUAACGCACUGUCAGUAGCUCUCGAUAGGCGUGUUAUUGAGGGUGCCAUAUUAGCGUCUCUGGCGCGCCCUUGCGCGUGGCUGCCGCUCUCGCUGAGCAGAGACGGAGUCACCGCUUCGUUAGCUGCCACCAGUUAUGCGGUGUCAUUCGUAUUCUCCCCCAUUGCUCAUCUUUUGUUGUGUGGUCGUAUAGCUCUGCCGUCGUUGCGAGGAGUUCUCAUAACUGCGUCAUCAGCUCUAGUGCCGUUCGCAAUUGGAAAUUUGUCCUCAAAAACGGAAAUCGACGGUACUAUAAACAAGAUAUCAGCGCUGGCAAUACUGUACAGCGAGUGUUGCUCGCUGUUGAGAGAAGCGGAGGGCAGUUUGUACGUCAUUGAUGUAAUGGCAACACUGUUUUUGGUUGUAAGCUGGUUAACAACAGUGGCUGCGUCCAGCUAUCUAUACGUGAAGUGUGGCCUGCUCACGUUGCCUGAAGCCCACGUUCUGCUGCUGGUAGCGACGCCGAAGUCCACUCAUAUUGAGUGGGCGGCGCCCCCCUGCGCGGCGGGCGGGCUGGCGCGGCUGCCGGCCGUGUUCGGCGCGCCGGCGCAGGCGCUGCUGCUGGCGGCGCUCGCCCCCCCGGGGGCCUCCCGCGACGAGCUGCCCACCUAGAGCCCUCCCACCGCUGCUGCCGGUGCUUCCUAGGCACGAGUAUUGAAAUUUUAUUAAGAAUAAUAUUGUUUUAUAAAGGUUUAUCCAAAGAUGACGAAAUUUUUGUUCAAUUAUUAAAUUAAGCGGUCGAAUGAAAUGUUCACUCGGUGGUGGGGUAGAUUCCACCCGCUCAUCAGAUAUUCUACCGCAAAAC